ACCUUCCCGGUAGCCAACCCCACCAACCUCAAUUCAAUCAAAUUCAAUACCAAACUAAACACACUUCACCUCCACCUCCACCUCCACCUCCACCUCCUCCUCCUCCUGCUCCCCCCAAGGGCCGCAAACCGCCGACGCAAUGGCCGGCCACAAAGCCUUCCGAGCGCUCAGCCGGAGUAGCGCCCACCGCCAAGCACUCCUUCGAAACUUAGUAUCGGAUCUUAUAAAGCACGAGUCCAUCUCAACAACCUACGAAAAAGCGAAAGAAGCCCAGCCAAUAGCAGAAGAAAUGAUAACACUGGGAAAAAGGGGCACGGACGCCUCCAGGAGGCGGUUAGAACAGUUUCUCUACGUACGUUUCCCUCCCCCUCUUCCCCCUUCUCCAAACAAAGCAGCGCGAGAAGAGACUCACACCAACCAGGUCCCGGAAGAAAACGUCCCCCGAGUCCUGAAUGUCCUCGCGCCCCGCUACAAGCUGCGAGAAGGGGGGUACACACGCGUCCUGCGGAUCGAGCCGCUGAAAACCGAUCAGGCCGAGAGUGCGAUCCUUGAGUUCGUGGACGGGCCGCGGGAUAUGCGCUUUGCGCUGACGGCGAAGACGAUUGCGCGCUCCAAGAAGGAGGGGAAAGAACUAUCCGAAAUUACGCUAUUAAAUGUCAAGAAGAUUACGCAGUUCCGGGCUAAUGGGGAGAAGGAGUUGGAGGCUCAGGUUAAGAAGUUUGAGGAGAGGUUGUGAAGGAAAUGUGAGGCAGAUGGAAGAGGGGGAGGAAUGGGAGAGCGAGCUAGCACACAUGUAGUACCCGUUGGCAGGCUGUUAGGUGAUGGACUCAAAGCGGGAUUCGAGGAUUGUGGUGGUUUUUCAGAGAAUGUAUCAUAUCAUAUCACGAUAGAUUUCCCGUCAAAACAUUGCACUACCGCCAAACCACUACCACCGCUAUCCCACACUAUCCCCCCACUAACCCGCCCACCCGCAGCGAACGAGAGCAGGAAGAAAAAAAACCAAGGAUGCCCGGCCUAAGAAUCCUCAAAGCCCUCCCUUUAAAGAUGAUUUCCAUCCCCCUCCUGGUCAUCUCCGGCCCCUCCGGCGCCGGAAAAUCAUCCCUUUUAGACCGCCUACUCAGCAACCAUCCCAAAAUCUUCGGCUUCUCCGUGUCUCGUAAUCUCUCCCAAAGACCCCAACAUCCUCACACAACACCAGAGGCUGAAAACAGGCAGAUACCACCCGCUCUCCCCGUCCCGGUGAAACCGAUGGACGACACUACCACUUCACGAACUGCGCAGACUUCGAGUCCCUCAGGGCGCAAAACCACUUCAUCGAGUCGACCGAGUUCGCCGGGAACCUUUACGGGACGAGCAUCGGUGCCGUGAAGGAUGUUGCAGACAGUGGGAGGAUGUGCGUUCUUGAUAUCGACUUGAUGGUUAGUCAUCCCGCUGAUUACGGUUGCAGUAUGUCAUAAGUCUGCGGGACGGACUGUUAAGGGAGGGGGAUACGGUACGAGUACAGGGCGUUAAGCAGAUCGAGAGUAAUCCAUACGUGCAAUCCAAGCGGGUUCUUAUC